AUGGAGCUCUCAAAAGCAGGAGAAGAUACCAUACGCGUGACGAUCAACAUAAUUUUCGGGGGGAACGAUAUUAACGAGGUUACCUUCUCGGCAACAAAAAAGAUGAAGGUAUCCAUAACCCACAGCAAGAGACUCCGGAAAGUCGCUGAAGGCGACAUCACUUUCACGGCGGAAGAUGCAGAUGGAUUGUUGCUACCACACAAUGACGCAUUGGUAAGAUCUUUAAAUGUAUUAGAUUUUAAAAUCAAACAUGUCCUGGUAGAUCGAGGGAGUUCGGCCAAUAUUAUACAAUUGAGGGAAUUGGAGCAAGCCAAACUUACCGGAAGCAUCAUUCUGGCCACAAAACUCCUCGCCGGGUUCAACCUAGCAAGCGUGACAACUCAAGGAGAGAUCCUGCUGCCCACGAACACCAAGGGGGUGAGGAAGACGACCCCUUUUGAGGUGGUGGAUGGUGAUAUGGACUACAACAUUAUCCUAUGA